CAUGUGACGGGGGAGUGGCUGGCAGACAGUCAGGAAGUGCACCGCAGCAGCAAGUCUCAAGAAAGUUCUCCGUCAUGGCCUACCAUGCUGGGAUUCAAGAGGAGCCCAAUGCUUUGGUUCAAAACAUCAGCUCCAACAUCCAGAAGCUGACACUGCUGACCUCUGAGCUGCAGAGGGCAGUUUCUCUGCUGGGAACAGAGCAGGACAGCAGCCAGCUACGACAGACACUGCAACAGAAACAGCAGCAAGGCAACCAGCUAGCCAAGGAGACUGACAGACUGAUGAAGGCAUUCAGUGCACUUCCUGUCAGCUCUGAUCAGAGGCAGAGAAAGAUACAGAAAGAGCGUCUGUUGAAUGAUUUCUCCGCCGCUCUUAACAGCUUUCAAAACAUCCAGCGGCAGGCAGCCAACAAAGAGAGAGAGUUUGUGGCCAGAGUCAGAGCCAGCUCCAGGGUGUCGGGAGGACAGCCUGAAGACAGCUUUGGAAAUGUGUCUCCUUUCCCCAAUGAUUCCCAGGUGCAGGCUCAGACUGAGGCUGUUACUGAAGAAGACCUGAGGCUGAUCCAGGAGAGAGAGUCGUCCAUCAGGCAGUUGGAGGCUGACAUCACAGAUAUCAAUGACAUCUUCAAGGACCUGGGGAUGAUGGUCCACGAGCAGGGAGACAUGAUAGACAGUAUAGAAGCCAAUGUGGAGAAUGCUGAUGUGAAUGUCCAGAGAGCCACACAGCAGCUGUCACGCGCCGCAGACUACCAGCGGAGUCACCGGAAGAAGAUAUGCAUCCUGGUGAUAGUGUUGGCUGUAGCUGCUGUCGUUAUUGGACUCAUCAUCUGGGGCGCUGUCAAAUCAUGAGGGCUCCUUCUUCCUCUCCUCCACCUCUCCUGUUUAGUCAUCAGCCUGGACAAAGGAUGCAGUAUAUGACAUGGACAUCAUGGACAGGACCGCACACUCCCUCACUGUGAAAACCAAAUUAGCGCUGGUAGCCGUGUUGUUUUAAUCGGCUUUAAUUGAACUGUUAGUGUCUGAUUUAGGCUUGAUGUACUUUGGCAAGACAGGGUUUUAGUCCUCACCUGACUGUCAGAGGAAGGUGGAAACACAGGUGGAGCAUCGCUGUGUUCAGUGGCAGCAAUGUUGGCUCCACUGUCUCCGAAUGUUUAAUGAAAUUACUGUACAAUGCUUAGUAAGCAGGGAUUAGCCUUCAAAAUGUCUUAUUGCUGACACUGCUUUCUUUUAUCAGGUUAGAUAUGAAAAGCCUACACGCUAAAAGUUUCACUGCAGUUAAUCUAUGAAUCAAGUGCACUAUGUAAAUUUGGUAAGAAACAAAAGUCAGUGCAGGUCCAUGAUACAAUGUAGCCAAACUGCAUUCAGCUUAUUUCAAUGCACAUAAAAUAGCAUCUUUUCUUUAUCUAUUAUCCAUUUUUUUUUUGUUAGAAUUAAUUACAAUUCUUAAUUAAUUUCUUUUCAGAUUUGUGUUGUUGUAUUUUAAUAAUCAAUCAAGACAUACUGUACAUAGUCAUCCUAAGAUUUGUGGUUAGGACAGUAUAUUGCACUCCACUAUUAGUCAAUCAUUCCAAGCAAUAAAGAGAAGGUUCUGUUGCUGCUGUCAGUAAGUGGUGUGUUUACCUUGGCUGGACAAAUUGUUUUUAACUUUGCAUGGACGUCAAUAAUGUAAUUACCUGUCUCAUCACAGAUGAUCACACACGAAGAAUGUAAGGUGCAUCGUGUAGAUGGUUCAAGUGAAGGUCAGGUAAUAGUUGGAAGUUUUAUGUUGUGGUUUGUUUUAAUCUACAGUAUUUAGGCUUCAUGUGAAGGCUCUGCACACCAGACAGGGUUAGGUUACAUGUUGAAGGUGGCCUGUAUGGUUUCUGUGACGACAGCCCCACAGUCUUCAUCUCUAUGUUCCCAAUAUGAAGAAACCAAACUUGUGGUAACCCAGAGUAAAUUAUGUUAAAGCAAACACUAAUUACUAUUUGAUCCAAAUGUAAAAUGAUUAUAUUUUUAAUGCUGAAAUUAAACUGUCUACCAUGUGCUGAAUAAAUGACUUGAAUGUUCUGAA